UUAAAUACCGGGAUGAUAUGUCCUAUGGAGCUGGAAGCUUUGAUAUGCCCUGCAGCCAAGAAAGUGUGUGCCCCAAUAAUAUUGGGUACUAAUGCAAAGAUGGUACAGGAUGUAUUCAGGGCCUAUCUGACAGAAGUGGGAGAUGUCUCCUUAGACCGACUGAUGGAGGUCAGCCCUGUCCUAGGAAAAGAGUGUCGACGACUAGCCCUUGCAACAAAACCAGGGUUGUGCCACUAUUCAGGAACAGAACCUGCAUUUGUGAAGCCUGGUGAGACCAAAACCUUACGAGCCAUAGCCUCAAUGCACCAUGAAAUGUUGGGGGGAACUGGACAAUACCUUAUUGAGUCUCUGCCUGAAGAGGAUCAGAAGAAGGGGUGGACUCUCAUACCUGAGAUAAAAGAUUGGCGAAAAAGGUGGUGUCGGAGUUUUCCUGUGAUGGUACAGAAUUUAACCCCCACGGAAAUCCGGAUUGAUCGUCAUCAGAAGAUUGGUGUAAUACACCUUUUAGAUCAAGUUUCGUCCAUCAUGUCU